AAUGGACUGCUUGAAGCACUGGGUUUGAUUGCUUAAGAGAAAGGGCUCUGCCGAAGAUACCCGACAGAUUCCUGUGGGGUAUCUCUGUCAUCCCAGACUCUUCCCUGAUAUGGAACAAAGUGAAGGUGAACAGGAAUCCCAGGCAGAGAGUCACGUGGAGAGCAAGAGCAGUGUGGAGAGCAAGAGCAGCGUGAAAUCCUUACCUGGGGGAACAGCCCAUGUCAAACUAGAGAUAAAAAAACAUGCAGUUACAGACGACUACAAACUCUCCAAACGUGUGCUAGGGUUAGGAAUCAAUGGCAAAGUACUGGAGUGUUUCAACAAGCAGACAGGCCAGAAAUGUGCUUUGAAGCUCCUGUACGACAACCCCAAGGCGCGUCAGGAGGUCGAGUAUCACUGGAGAGCCUCGGGCUGCCCUCACAUUGUCCAUGUGCUGGAUGUGUAUGAGAACAUCCACAAUGGCAAGAGAUGCCUGCUCAUUGUCAUGGAAUGCAUGGAAGGAGGAGAGCUGUUUAGCAGGAUCCAGGAGAGAGGAGACCAAGCUUUCACUGAGAGAGAGGCCUCUGAAAUAAUGAGAGACAUUGGGACAGCCAUCCAGUACCUGCACUCCAUGAACAUUGCACACAGAGACGUCAAGCCUGAAAACCUGCUUUACACAUCUAAAGACAAAGAUACUGUGCUCAAACUCACAGACUUCGGCUUUGCCAAAGAAACCACUGUAAAUGCACUGCAGACCCCCUGUUACACUCCUUAUUAUGUGGCCCCAGAAGUCCUUGGUCCUGAGAAGUAUGACAAAUCAUGUGACAUGUGGUCAUUGGGUGUCAUCACAUAUAUUCUCCUGUGUGGGUUCCCUCCAUUCUACUCCAACACCGGUCAAGCCAUUUCUCCAGGGAUGAAGAGAAGAAUUCGGAUGGGGCAAUAUGGAUUUCCUAAUCCAGAGUGGGCUGAAGUAUCAGAGGAAGCCAAACAACUCAUUCGCCAUUUACUGAAGACUGACCCAACAGAGAGGAUGACAGUCUCUCAGUUUAUGAAUCACCCUUGGAUUAAUAGAUCAAUGUCAGUGCCACCAACUCCUCUUCACACUGCACGGGUCCUGCAGGAGGAUAAAGACCACUGGGAUGAAGUUAAAGAGGAGAUGACCAGUGCUCUGGCCACCAUGAGGGUGGACUACGAUCAGGUGAAAAUCAAAGACUUGAAGACGUCCAACAACCGCCUGCUGAACAAGCGCCGCAAGAAGCAGAAGCAGGCGGGCGCCUCCUCCGCCGCCCCGGGCUGCAACAACCAGUGAGGGCAGGAGCCAGCAGGGACUGGGGGUGCAGGGUAAAAGUUAAACAGAGCAAGUUAAAAUCAUGGGAUUGUCUCAGCCCACACCACAAAGGCAGUGAGACUGAAGAUGCUGUCCUGCAGAGAGGGAACAGUGUGAUAACGUUUUGAUAACUUGAAUCACUUUUGAAGACUUAUGGAUCUGACAUGAUUCUGUUGCACAUUGCAAGGGAAGGUACAGUAAUGCCAGAAAUGUUACAGGUUUUUGGUUUGGCUUUAGCUGUGUAGGAUAAGAGGAGAGAACAGGAGGCAGUCUCAGCACAUUAAUGCACUGAGGCUUUAAGAGCCAUCUACAAGAGUAACUUCUGCUGCUGUUUUAAACUGGGGAAUAGGAAAGUGCCAAGUGUUCUGCUAAGAGUGUUUUAGUAGUUUAGUAGAAUUGAUAAUAGUCUAUAUUUCCAAACUUACCUCCUAUAGUUACAGAAUAUCACCUAAACUGUAAACAGAUAUUCUUGUUACAGGAAAAAGCAUCCAUACAUUUCCAUUUCCAUAAAGUCUUCUGUGUAGUCUCAUGUGAAGAUUUGAGUUUGUCAUGGAUUCCCAUUUGAUAACAUGUAAAUUUUCUGAGCUGUAGCCACUGUACAACAUAGUGAUGUUGUAUCUUUGCCACUGUCAGACCCCUCUCUUGUAAUGUUUUCAGUUUAACUGGUAGUUUAUGUGAAGAGCUUCAGUCAGGAUUUAAGUAGUUGAAAGCAUCCUGCAGAGAAUGUUGCUGUUCCCCUUGGAUCCACAACCUCCAGGGUGUGCAGCUGGACAUGCAAGGGAUUGCUUUGAGGAGAGACGUCUGAAAUUUGGGGAAGAAGUGGCAAAUGCAUGUUCUUUGAAUGGACCCUGUAAUCUGCCAGCAUCCCUUCCUGAUAACUAUCUCCAGAUCCUGUGCCUAAGAUGUGCUGAUCACAGCAAAUUAUGGGGUGUUGGGGUUGGUUUGUUUCCUGGGGUCAGGAGGGGGGAGGAUGGUACUUUAUUUAUGGUGAUUUGGUGGUGUUUCAGGAUCCAAAGAUUUUCACUACUUAAGGAAGAUUAAUUUUAAGUAUAUCCACCCAUUGUUUUUUUCCUAUUUUAAUUAUUCUUAUUUUAUGGGAACCUGGCCUUGGUUUGCUGGUAUGUUUUAUUUUGUGAUCAAAAUAUUUUCUCUCACUGUA